AAUCCCUGACUCCUGUGGGCUGCGGCAGCUAACUUUCUAAGGGAGGCGUCCGCCAGCCUCCCCAGUAGCCCUGACCCACUAACCCCAAAUAAAUAAAUGGGGAUGGACAGGACCCCGCCCCCCCAAAGGGAACUGUGCACCCAGCCGGUUCUGUCUCCGAUUCUCACUGCUUUGGGCUCCUCGCGGGCGCUGAUCCGGGUUGAAAUGAACCUCUUCAUUCGCCCAAGCUAGAGGAGGGAGGGAGGUGACAGAGGCGGGGGCAGACAGCGGUGUGUGUUAAGUGUCUAAACAAAUACUGAUCUGGUUAGGAAGGUCUCCCCGGGAAUAUGAUUCAUUUUCCCCCGGUCCUCCCCGAACCGCCCCCAUCAGCGACUCCGGUCACUUAACCAGGAUUCCGCCUCCUUUUGUAGCGGUUUGUCCCGUGCUGGGGCGUAAUUUGUGACCCUUCGGAAACCAGUCGUGCAAGAUUCAUAUAUUAAAAGAUCGUGCUGUUUGGCGGGGUGAGGAGCAGGGUGGAGAUCCAGGGUUUUGCUGGCGGGUGAUGGGGAGUAAUUGGAAGGUAUCCCGGUGACAAUUCUCUGGCAGCCUGGUGCGCGGCGCUCUCCCCUCGCCGGGGACAUGGACUCCGACGCUAGCCUGAUAUCCAGCAGACCUUCCUCCCCGGAGCCCGAUGACCUCUUCCUCUCUGCGAGGAAUAAAGGCAGCAGCGGGGGCUUCUCGGGGGGCACAGUGUCCAGCUCCACCCAGAGCGACUCCCCUCCGGAGCUGAGCGCCGAGCUGCGCAGCGCCAUGAGCGCGGCCGGGGUGGUGGUGGUGGACAAGCUGGGUUUCAAGUCUUCUUCCUCCUCCUCGUCCUCCUCGUCGUCCUCCUCCUCCAAGAAGGACAAGAAGCAGAUGACGGAGCCCGAGCUGCAGCAGCUGCGACUGAAGAUCAACAGCCGGGAGCGCAAGCGGAUGCACGACCUGAACAUCGCCAUGGACGGGCUGCGGGAGGUGAUGCCCUACGCGCACGGGCCCUCGGUGCGGAAGCUCUCCAAGAUCGCCACGCUGCUGCUGGCGCGCAACUACAUCCUCAUGCUCACCAACUCGCUGGAGGAGAUGAAGCGCCUGGUCAGCGAGAUCUACGGCGGCCAUCACGCCGGCUUCCACCCUUCCGCCUGCCCGGGGGGCAUGGCCGCCCACUCCGCCCCGCUCCCGGGGCACCCCGGGCACCCCGCCGCCCACCCCGUGCACCACCCCAUCCUGCCCCCCGCUGCCGUCUCCAGCGCCUCCUUGCCCGGCUCCGGCCUCUCCGCGGUCAGCUCCAUCCGACCCCCGCAUGGGCUCCUCAAGUCGCCUUCGGCCGCCGCCGCCUCGGCCCCGCUGGGCAGCAGCUUCCAGCACUGGGGAGGAAUGCCCUGCCCGUGCAGUAUGUGCCAGGUGCCCGCUCCGCCUCACCACCACGUCUCCAGCAUGAGCACGGCCAGCCUGCCCAGAUUAACCACCGACACCAAAUGAACCCCCGCGGGACCCGCCGCCAGUGGGGCAGGGGAGGGGGAGAGAAUCUGCCGAAACAAGGUGGGGAAUGGGGAGAGAGACUCCAGCUUCGAGCCCCGAGGACACGCGGGCACAUUUUUUGGGACACAGACUCUAUGGGGGGGGGGCUCCCUUAAAAGCACAGGCACAUACAAGGACUUACAAGGACAUACCGGUCUCAGCCAAGUUUUUUAAACACACCCUUCCCCCCCCCGACCCCUCACUACAGGUUGGUCCCAAGGCCACCCGGGGCACCUUCAGGCAUGUUCCAUACUGAGAUAGACUAAGGACACUCAAUCCCUGAAGCCCACCAGUGAGAAAGAUGAACAAAACCCAAUUCCUCUUCCUGCAAACGUCUCCACGCAGAACUGAUCCUCUCUUCUCCAGCAGUUCCAGCAGGGAAUGGAGGCCAGCGUUACGUACAGUACUUGAUGUUUUGUCCAAUCUCAAUAGCAAGUGUGUAAACCCACAGAGCAUUUUUUAAAUAAAUAUAUGUGCAUCUUUUUAAACUUUGAUAGGAGCUGAAAAUAGCUAUAGCCUCUCCUCCUCGAAUGACGUAACCAAAAUGGCAUAGGAUUUUUUGUUUGCUUUUCUCUAUUGUUUUUACAUAGUCCCUUUCAACAUUUUCUGGUUCAUAUCCUAAGACAUGCAAAGUGGUUAUUCCGAGCACCGGGCUGGUGCCUUCCUACCAGCAUAAUUUGCAAGAAUGAAGGCUUUUGAUGUAAAUGUAGCCUGCAAAGUUUUCUAGGGUUUGGAUUUGUAAAUAUACUGUCCAAUGAUUAUGUAAGUCCGUUAUGCUUGAGCUUUCUGUUUGUGCACUUGUACAGGAAACCUUACGAAUGGUAAAGGAUUUUUUGUUUUGUUUUAGUGUAUAACACGUUUUUCUUUUCUGCCACCAUUAACAAAGUUACAAAACUCUUUAAUGUGCUUUCGAUGUAGGAACUCCACGCUGCCUGUGCUGCAAUACUGAGAACUUGGGCUUGUUUCUGAAAUAACAAUGUUCCCUAUUACUGCCCCUUGCAGAGAUUUUAUCAUCUGUUUAUUUUUGUAAAGAAAGUUGCUAAAUAAUAUUUAUUACUUGUUUGGUUGCAAAAACAAAACGAGUGAUCCACUGUUGAGAUUUUAAAUAAAAAACAUUUUAAGUAAA